AUGUCUGAAGAACGCGACAUUAAGCCUGAUAUCAACGAUGAGCGCGCGGGGCCUUCUCAAUACGACCCAGCCACCCCUGUAAAGCCCAAAGGGGCCAAGCUGAUGUUAAUUGUUAGUAGUCCAGACGGUCAACAUAUCAAGAUCGGGAUAAAACCCACCUCGACAUUCGCAAAGAUGUUCGAAGCAGCAUCUGUUCGUUCUUCUCUCAUAAUUCACAGUCGUUUUGCUAAACAGAAUUACAGACGCGCCAUGAUACGAUUCUUAUAUGACGGUCAACGCGUUCGCGCCGAACAAACUCCUGAACAGGUGCGCUCUAGUGGGAUGGCAUGA